GAACUACUUAACUCGACCUAUUCACAGUGUCCACUAGAGAUACAAAUGUUGUUCUAGUAAUAAGUUUGCUUUAAUAUAGAUGGUUGUCCACCAGUAUGAAAAAUAUAAGUAAUAAAGUGAUGCGAAAUUUAUUGUCUCUAAUAAUACGAACGAAAGGUAUUAUUUAGGUAACAGUGGCAAGAGUGUGUACGAUAACAUCCAACUGGUAAAUACAGUACAUGCCAGCGCUUAAUACAGGUUGUGUGUGAUCUCAGACUUCUUCGCCAUUACAUAAAUGCGGAACUUCAUAAAAAAAUGAUUUACCGUAAAUUUUCAGUAUAUUUUAAAUAAAUAUUUUUAAGUUUUGUACAUUUAUCUUCUAAAAUAACGCCAAAGUUUCUAGGAAAAAAUGCUUAGAUUAAAAAAAUGACUACCUGCGCUAAUGUAGGCUACACAAACGAAUAAUUAAGUCAAAUUCUCAAGGAUUCGUACGAUAUAUUUUAUCCAGUAACUCGUAUAAAUGAGUGUCAUAACAAACAACAACAACAUUAAUAGGUAUCACAACAAACACCAUUAAUGAAUAUCAACAAAUACAACCAAAAAUACAACCAUAUCUUUACCAACAAAACACAACAACACCGACCUUAACAUCAUUAGGCGUGUCACAACAAAUAUAUCCAGAAGGUUUACCAACAAUAACAACAACAAAGACGAACAGCAUAGUACAGCAUUGUACAGUAAAUUAUUAUAUAGCAGAAGACAGCAGAAAUAUAACAGGACAGAAGACACAGAAACAGCAGUCGCAACAAAUAGAAACUAGUCUGUCUGUGGCCCGUUAAUUGAGGUCUCCAAAUCACUUAAUGAUACAGCAAUUAAAGCAGUUGUGAAUGGACUCAGUGAUCACGCGCCGACGAAUGUAAUUGACGAGCCCUGCCUCUAUACUGAACUCGAAUGAGAUUUUUUUUCCCUACGUACACUGUGCGCGCUGGUUGAGUUUUUAUAACGAACGGAUGUUUAUGUUUAUAACAUGUAUUCGUAGUGAAGUUCUGCAUGGGAAAUGUUUAAAAUUUAUAAUCUAAUUUUAUGUCUAGAUGUUUAAUUAGAUGCGUACUCAAGUUUUAUGUGGGAAUGUAUCCGUAUUUUUGUUCUCGGUAAAGCGACAACCCUGUUUAUCACUAUCAUUUCAUUAUCAUUUUACCUGUAGGGCAUUCAGACAUUCAUGAAAACAAAGAUAUUAACUUAAAAAAAAAAAUACAUCACCGGCCAGACGCUAAAACAAUAGUGACCAUGACAAACAAUAAAACAGCCUAAUCAUAAAUACAUCCUAUUAGAAACAUUUAAAACAAACACAAAAGAGAGGAUUAUUAACUUUAAAACAUGGAAGGGGAGAAGAGCAGUACCAAUGAUUCCCUCCCAGGCAGCCUGCUGAGUCAGGUUAGCAGGAAAAGCAGUAUGAUCAGUAGGGUGAGCAGGAGAAGCAGUGAAGCCAGCAGCAUCAGCACCACCAGCAGUAACAUAAACAUAGAUGAUUUGUCUCUGUUGUCCGAGUCCUUCCCGGCUAGACUAUGGCAACGCUGGAUAGGCCUUCCGAUGCCACUAGGAAAAAUGUCAGAUUACGGCUUUGAGGAGGACGACAGCGGGGGUCUUGGCGGCCACCAGACAGACGCUGGUCAGAACUACAUCACCGUCAUCCCCGUCGAAUACCCCACCAGGAGACCCUACCCUGACUACGAUGCCUUCCCUAGGUCGGCUACCAUCUCAAGGACUCGGAGGCGUCCACGCGGUGAAACAGAUGCUUUCCCACGAUCUGCCACCAUCUCUAGGGAGUUCCUGCGGGAGAGGGCGGCGGCGGACUUCCUUCGCGGGGACUACAAGGGCAGCGCCGAUCACCUGGACAAGACAGCUGGUUUCUACCCUGGUCUCCCACCCCCUGCCUUCGACGUGCCGUCCCUCUCACUAGACCCCGAGACCAGACGACCCUCCACCCACAUGAUGGCCACCCCUCCGCAGACCACCACCGCCCCCACCAACCUGCCCAGCCACACCCUCCCCACCACUACCACCAGCGUCACCCACCCCUCCGUGCCACAACCCAUCUCGCACACGGAAGACUUCGACAAGGCGAAUAACAAGAGCGACCACGAGAGGAAAAGUAACAAAGGUCGGUCGUCGGGCGGGGUGGAGGUGUGUGUAUUCCUGCAUUCCCGAGUGGCGGUGAGACUACGGCUGGAUGACGGCGCCAGGAUCACCGCCCAGGAGCUCCAGGCCAUGGUCAUAGAGGAGGAGGACGUCUCCCUACCCAAGCAGGCCAUGGAGGUCUUCGCUAUCUGGAUGGUGUCUCCUGUAUUAGAGAUCCAACUGAAACCGUACCAGCGCGCACUCGAGGUACGGCGGCAAUGGGGAGAAUUAUUGAAGCGCUUUGCACAGAUCUCUAUCAAACCACAAGACGCCCGCUACGCCCACGAACCCAAGAUGGUGCUCAGGAGGAACGUCUUCUUCAGCAAGAGAGACGAAGUCAAGAUCAGAGACGCCAAGAUCCUGGAGCUGUUGUACGAGGAGGCACAGUGGAACAUGCGGUCGGCGCGCUACCCCUGUGAACUCUCAGAUUACGAAAUGUUGGCGGGGAUUCAGAGUAGGCUGGAGCUGGGCCCAUAUGACCACACCACUCACACUCCCUCCUUCUUCAGACGUCGACUCCUGGAUUACCUGCCGGAGCAUGCAUGUCGUCUCAAAUUCAGUGACCUGGUCAGCUUCAGUAGUAAAUCAACACCUGAAAUCCGUAUCAUCGAGCAGUUCCGCUCCAUCCCUAGCAACGUGACGGCCCGCAAGCUGGUCAGGAAGUACCUCGAGUUCUCCUGGUCCCUUCCCUACUAUGGGAGUGCGUUCUUUCACGGUCAGAUCGAGCAGCCGACACGGGGAGUCAGUUCGUGGCUACCGAGGCCGGAUAUCCCGGUGCUGGUCACCAUUAACGCAACUGGCGUCACCGUUAUAGAUCCCAACAAAUCGAAUGUACUGUUGAGCUUAAGGUACGAUGAAUUGUCAUGGGAUUUCGCGAGACCCAGCAACGAGCGCAGCGCCACUUGCCUUCCCUGCCUCUUCCUACAGUUCGCUGUUGUCGAGAACGGCAGAAGAUACUCCAAACUUCUUCAAAUCUUCUCUAAACAGGCCAUCAUGAUGGAUGCGCUCAUCAGCACCUUUGUGGAGGAACUCAAGCGUAGAGCGGCCCAGUACCCUGACGACUUAGAGGGACACAUGCUGGACCACGGCACCGAGAUUGACGACGUGUUGGUGCCGCUGUCGACCGUAUCGCGGAAGGAGGUGCCAGAGUCGGUCCUGUGCAACAAACUCCAUCGUCUCUCUCUCGCCACCUUCACUGAGGACGGUCGCUGCGUGGGCACCAUGGGGUCGUGGCAGUUCAGCAGAUGAGGGGAUGCCAUCGACUACGUGUGACCAGACACCCGCACCACCACCACCACGCCCACUCUGCCAAACUCCGAGUCAGCCACCUCCUGGACUAUGCCUGCCCCAGAGUCUACGCCACUCCUUCACACCUGACGCCAAUGCUCAGGUGUAUUGACCCCCACGUUCAGCCGCACUGACGCCCAUGUUCAGCCGUAUUUACACCCAAGCCGGUUUUGAAGUCGAAGUUUACCCAUACGGAUUCACGUUAGGACGCACAACCGAUAACCUACCCCUGUGAUCUUAGUGAGUGAGUUGUCCGUUUGAUUUUUGUUUUUUACGGAAAAUGGAUAAAGGAAGCUUAUCUCCAUUGCGUUCUACUGACGAUGGAAUACUGAUAAGUAUCCUCUGUUAUUUAAUCGUGACGUAAUCGACUAAGAACGAGGCACCAGAUUCCUCUUCUCCCAGCCAAUCGCGGGUCCAGUAGAGGUUAUAUGUAGGCCUCCACACACUCGACUGCCUCACUCGCCUGUCACCUCCUGAGGCAGGAAGACCUGGGAACACCUCUUGCUGUGAUAAUGAGGCUUAGUUUGGGGGUGAAAUACUAAUGAGAGGUUUUGAAAGAUCUUAGAUUAUUAUAUUCCUGCAGUGCAUAACUGGACUGGAUAACUAAUCAACAACGCAAAUAAGUACAAAAAAUACAUUUCUCAGCUGGUACAGAGUCACGGAAGCUCUUAUUUUAUUAAUUCUAUAAUAAAGACUUUUAUCCCAGGAAAGCGUUGAGACAAGUUAUACUAUUAAGCUAUUAAUUCCAGGACAAGAAAGUAACAGAGGGCGUGGAAGUGGUGGAGUCUUUCGUAACUGUUUGUAUCGCUGUAGACCGGAAAAUGUCAUUGUUCUUAUAGUGACGUGAAUAAAAUAAAAAAUAAAUAAAAUUCUAACGAUUGAAGAAAAUCGGUAGAACUAUUACAUUAUAAUAUUUUUCUUUAAUUGCAUAUAUACUCAACAUUUAUAUACCAGGUGAUACUGUGGGCAAGGAAAAUACAUAAUUGUCCCGGAAAUUACAUUCAAUAAACGGAGGAAAAAUUUUCAGUACUUUAUAGGACAAUUUAAUGCAACUUAAUGAUGCUCAAACCCACGCUGGGCAGUAAUUGCCGAAAUAUUUGUUCCCGCUAAUGAUUAAAAUAGCCUUCUUAAACGGGUUCAUCUCAGAUAAGGACCAUUGCAAUAGCUAUCAACACAUAUCCUGCAUACUGCAUAUUCAACCUUUUACUUGGAAUGACAGAUAUUUGAGCGGUAAUCAGUACGAAUCAUUUCUUGCAGCUGUCUUAUAGUCUGAUAUUAGCAUAAUUUUCGUCUUUAUUAGAUGACAUGAUAUUUUCAUUGAGUGUUUAUCAUAUAAAGACAUAACCCGUUUGAAUGCCUUUGUUUGCAUAAAAUAUUCUAAAAUUCUGCAUAUUUCACAACAACUAAGGUGACGAGUUACUUAAUUCAUAAUAAUACAGUCAUGAUAUUAACCCUAGAUUUCUGGUUAAUGUUGGUGUACUGCAUCAGCGGUGCAGCUUGACGAAAUACGCCCCUUUUUUUAGGGAAAAUUUAAUACUCCUGCAUGGAAUCCAGUAGCAUCCACUAACGCCAAAGCUCGUCGUUCACUGCAGUUUUAUACAACCAUUCAUGUUCCUCAUAUGAUGUUGAUGAGCAGCUAGUGAAUAGGAACAAUUUCCCAUGAUAUAAACAACUUCAUGUUAUGGGCAGUAUUUUUAAACGCUUCUAUUUGUGUAUUUACGACUCAACAAUAAUAAUAACGUUCACAACAGGAUUGAUGUGCCCCGACCCGCUGGCGUCAUUUAAAAUACAUUUAAAAAAAUUUCUUAUUAAUUAAAAGACUUUAUUUUGUGCCUAUCCCAAUCAUUAAGGUUAUGUAUCCCAUGCUGUGUUGUGUCGUAACCUCACAGCAAAGUUGAAUUUGGAAGUAUCACCUUCGCCAGUGUGCCAGACACCAUCCCUGUGUUCGUGUUCUUUGUCAGUUUACUGUGUAAUGUUGGAACAACAGAUUGCGGAGUAUUAUGAAUAUACUUUGCUGUGCAUUUCUAAAAUCGCUGGUUUACUCUGUUCCUUGUAUAUUAUAAUGAUUAUAAACAUGCAGUGAAAUAUUAAUAAACGGAGACCAAAUAUUAGGAACAUUAAAACGAUGAGAUUGAUAAUUAACGAUAUAUGGUGGCGCAUCUGUACAAUAAUUUUUCUAUGUCAUUAAAAAAGUGUACUUAACCCUGAAUCUUCCCUGCCAUUAAUUGUGAGAUGCGAAAAACAGUUUUGUACAGGAGCUUCUGAGUUCUGAAACAAUUUUAGCAACAGUAUGAAACAAAAAUCCGCAUUAUAAACAUCUUCUCGACAUGAUGGAAAAGACUAUCUCUAUUUUUCAAGAUACUGAGCUAUCAGAAUAUUCUUACGCUAUCAGAAGACAUGUUUGUACAAAUUAAAUCAACUGCACUGUGUUCAAACUUCUUGGACACAGCUACCGUUACCGUAGAAACGUGAGUAUGAUGUUAAAACGAUAAUGUUUAAGGAAAGGUCUGUUUUGGUAUUCCAUGGUGUUGUGUUGUGACUUGUUUUAUUCUGUUGUCAGGGUGAAUGUGAAACAAAAUACGACCUUCUAGACACGGUAAAGCAGAAUAUUAUAAGGCUUCCAGGUGAUGUACAACAACUUUGCAAACCUUGGAUCAUCUGGUUGUCGAAAAUUGCCGAUAACUAAAGAGAAAGCUACGCUCUUGGCAUUGUACAGUUCAAGUACGUGAUGUUUCACCAGUAACUCAUGUACUUUUGUCCAAUAAUACUUAACCCGAAAUAACUUUUCAAAAAUAAAAUGAGUAUGCAUAAUAUUUUCAAAAAGGAUAAUUCUUUGCUUAGAAUGAAGAUUAAAGUG